AUAGAAUAUCAAUAUCAUGGUACCAUACCAUCCAUUACCAGAAGUCUUUCCUUGUCACGCAAAGAAAAUCACGUUCACAUUCAUCUUCCCAUCACAAUCAACACACCUCUUCGCUCACCCUCACCCAACUGUGCUUGCCGCACUUUCCGAAUUUCACUCACCCUCCAUCUUCUUCCUUCUGUUUCUUAACUUGAAGGUUCUGCUCCUUCAAUCUUAUUUUCAGUUUUAUGGCAAGAGAAACAAAGAGCAUCUUUCUGUAGUCAAUUUUUUUUUAUGGAAAGGGAAGACUCGGUAGUUCAGGUUACCUGGUUACGGUUCCUAAGUAGCUAUGUGGAUUUCGCUUAAUUGGAACCCUGGUUGCGUCGGUGUAGUCUUUCUCGACUUUUGGGGGAGAUUGAUUCGGAUUAUCUGUUUUUCGUUUUCAGCUGUCCAUUUAAUUUAGUACUUCUUCUAGUGUUUGAUUCCAAUUGAGCUGUGAGUUGUCAACAUGGAAGCUAGAUUUGGGGCAGAAGCUUUUCAUUUGUACGGUUCCUCUGAUUUGCGGGGUGUGGGGAAGAGGACUGUUGAGUGGGAUUUGAAUGAAUGGAAAUGGGAUGGUGAUCUUUUCGUUGCUAGGCCUUUGAGUCCAGUGCCGGAGCAUAGGCAAUUUUUCCCUGUGCCUGGGGGUUCCUCCAACUCCAAUAGUUCAUCUUCGUGCUCUGAUGACGUAGAUCUCGGGAUUCGACGGGGGAACAAGGAAGGGGAGAGGAAGAGGAGGGUUGUUGUGGUGGAGGAUGAAACAGGGUUGAAUGAGGAAGCGGGUAGUCUUAGCUUAAAGAUUGGUGGUGGGCGGGGUGUUGGUGGUAGUACUGUUGCUACUCAAAUUGCAAGCUGGGAAGGAACCAAUGGGAAGAAAAGCAGAGUAGCCGGGGGUACUUCGAAUCGAGCUAUUUGUCAGGUGGAGGACUGUGGCACAGAUCUCAGCAAUGCCAAAGAUUAUCACAGACGUCAUAAAGUUUGUGAGAUGCACUCCAAGGCCAGUAAGGCCCUUGUGGGGAAUGCAAUGCAGCGGUUCUGCCAACAGUGUAGUAGGUUUCACAUGCUUCAAGAGUUUGACGAAGGAAAGAGAAGCUGCAGAAGGCGUUUGGCUGGCCACAAUAAACGAAGGAGGAAAACAAAUCAAGGUGCUGUUCCCAGUGGAAGUUCGCUAAACGAUGAUCAGACCAGUAGUUAUCUAUUGAUAAGUUUAUUGAAGAUACUUUCAAAUAUGCAUUCUGACAGGUCAGAUCAGAACACAGAUCAGGAUCUGCUGACUCAUCUUUUAAAGAGUCUUGCUAGUCAGAAUGGUGAACAAGGGAGCAAGAACUUGUCAAAACUUUUACGGGAACCAGAGAAUUUGUUGAAAGAAGGGAGGUCAUCGGGGAAGUCCGAGGUGGUUUCUACUUUAUUCUCAAAUGGUUCUCAAGGCUCUCCAACUACUACAAAACAGAAUCAAUCAGUUUCUAUUAGUGAAAUUCAGCAUCAAGUGAUGCACGCACAUGAUGCUAGGGCUGCUGAUCAGCAAACAGUGUCUUCUACAAAGCCCAGUGUCUCAAAUAGCCCUCCAGCUUACUCAGAAGCCAGAGACAGUACUGCUGGACAGACCAAGAUGAAUAACUUUGAUCUGAAUGACAUUUAUGUUGACUCAGAUGAUGGCAUAGAAGACAUAGAAAGGUUGCCUGUGUCUGGAAAUCUGGGUACUACUAGCUCUCUUGAUUACCCAUGGAUGCAACAAGAUUCUCAUCAGUCAAGUCCACCUCAAACAAGUGGAAAUUCAGAUUCUGCAUCUGCCCAGUCCCCUUCUAGUUCCAGUGGAGAAGCUCAGAGCCGCACAGACCGCAUUGUUUUCAAACUCUUUGGUAAAGAACCAAAUGAUUUUCCUCUUGUACUUAGAGCACAGAUUCUAGAUUGGUUAUCACACAGUCCUACUGAUAUUGAGGGCUACAUACGGCCUGGUUGUAUUGUUUUGACCAUUUAUCUGCGUCAGGCUGAGGCUGUGUGGGAGGAACUAUGCUAUGAUUUGGCAUCCAGUUUGAAUAGACUUCUGGAUGUCUCGGAUGAUGAUUUUUGGAGGACUGGAUGGGUUCAUAUCAGGGUGCAGCAUCAGAUAGCCUUCAUUUUCAAUGGUCAGGUUGUCAUAGAUGCAUCCUUGCCUUCCAGAAGUAAUUAUAGUAAGAUUCUGAGUGUUAGUCCAAUUGCUGUACCGGCAUCAAAGACAGCUCAAUUUUCUGUUAAGGGAAUCAACCUGAUUCGCCCUGCCACUAGGUUAUUAUGUGCUAUAGAAGGGAGUUAUCUAGUUUGUGAAGAUGCUUGUGAGUCUAUGGAUCAAUGCUCCAAAGAUCUUGAUGAGUUAGAGUGCAUCCAGUUUUCAUGCUCUGUCCCUGUGAUGAAUGGAAGAGGAUUUAUUGAGAUUGAGGAUCAGGGUUUGAGCAGCAGCUUUUUUCCUUUUAUAGUUGUGGAGGAGGAUGUUUGCUCUGAAAUCUGUGUGCUUGAGCCUUUACUAGAAUUAAGUGAUACUGAUCCAGAUAUUGAAGGGGAUGGAAGAAUAAAGGCCAGAAACCAAGCUAUGGAUUUUAUACAUGAAAUGGGUUGGCUUCUCCACAGAAGCCAAAUGAAAUCUAGGAUGGUUCACUUGAACUCUGGCGCAGAUCUGUUCCCAUUAAACCGAUUCAAGUGGCUCAUGGAGUUCUCUGUGGACCAUGAUUGGUGUGCAGUAGUUAAAAAACUAUUGAACCUUCUGUUUGAUGGAACUGUGAGUACAGGAGAUCACCCUUCCCUGUAUCUUGCACUUUCAGAGCUGGGUGUCCUUCACAGAGCUGUACGGAGAAAUAGCAGGCAGUUGGUGGAGCUGCUUUUGAGAUUUGUUCCUGAGAAUAUUUCUGAUAAACUAGGAGCUGAAGACACGGUACUUGUUGAUGAAGAGAAUCAAAGCUUCUUGUUUACACCUGAUGUUAUUGGUCCUGCUGGCUUGACACCACUCCAUAUAGCAGCUGGGAAAGAUGGUUCUGAAGAUGUUCUGGAUGCUUUGACUAACGAUCCUUGCAUGGUUGGAAUUGAAGCAUGGAAGAGUGCUCGUGACAGCACAGGCUCCACACCUGAGGAUUAUGCACGUUUACGUGGCCAUUAUACUUACAUUCACUUGGUCCAAAAGAAAAUCAACAAAAAACAGGGAGGAACUCAUGUGGUGGUUGAGAUUCCGAGCAAUCUAACAGGGUUCAGUACAAACCAGAAGCAAAAUGAAUCGUCCACUAGCUUUGAGAUUGGGAAGACUGAUGUCAAAUAUGUCCAAAAGCAUUGCAAACUCUGUGAUCAUAAGUUGUCUUGUAGAACUGCUGUAGGCAAGUCUUUGGUAUACAAACCUGCAAUGCUGUCAAUGGUAGCCAUAGCAGCAGUCUGUGUCUGUGUGGCUCUUCUGUUUAAAAGCUCACCCGAAGUUCUGUAUGUAUUCCGUCCUUUCAGGUGGGAAUCGUUGGAGUUCGGAACAAGCUGAGCUUCAUUAACUUACAACUUAAAUUUGAUAGGUAAUGUAAUAGGAUGCGUUCAUAGAACUGUAUGACUGAGAUUUCUUGUAGGACUGUUUCUUUGUAUUGGCUAAAUUAUGCAAUGCUGUUUACAUAUUUAUUAUUGAUGUGCUUCCUUGUGAGAU